AUGGAGGCACAAAGUACUCUCGCGCCCGCCGGGCUGCACCCAGUUGACACAAAGGGCCUAUGCCUGCUGUCCUUGGAUGGCGGCGGCGUGCGAGGCCUCUCAUCACUCUAUAUCUUGAAGAGGAUCAUGGACCGACUAAACGAUGCGCGGCGGAGGCGAGGGCUCCCUCCGGUGAAACCGUGCGAAGUGUUUGACCUUAUCGGAGGCACAAGCACUGGCGGCCUCAUUGCGAUUAUGCUGGGACGCCUCGAGAUGGAUGUUGAUAGGUGCAUAGAUGCCUAUAGCGAACUUGCAGCAGCAGUCUUUGGCGAGAAGCUGAGAUCAAUCCCUAUCAACCUUAGGGGUGGUAUCAGACCCCGGUUUAACCUGGGGAAGCUGGAAAGCGCGAUCCAAAAAGUGGUUGAGGACAGCGGUGCAUCCAAGGAGGACCUGUUUGACGACGGCAUUGAACGCGGAUGCAGAACCUUCGUUUGCACCGCCGAUCGCUAUACAAAGGCCAUCGUCCGCUUCCGAAGCUACAGCCUCUCUCACGAAUCAAAUAUCCGGGCGACGAUAUGUCAGGCCGCCCUCGCGACAUCGGCCGCUACAACUUUCUUUGAACCCGUCAGCAUCGGAGACCGCUCAUUUGCUGAUGGCGCACUUGGCGCAAAUAAUCCAGUGGAAGAGGUGGAAGGCGAGGCGUCGAACAUAUGGUGCCAUGAAACCGCUGAACUGAAGCCGUUGGUCAAGUGCUUCAUCUCGAUCGGAACAGGCCACCCAGGCAUCAACCCGUUUGAGGACCAGAUGUUCGAGUUCCUAGGGAGGACACUGGUGCAGAUUGCAACCGAGACAGAGAACACGGAGAAGAGAAUGAUAGCGAGAUGGGCAAGUCACUUCGAUAAGAAGCGGUACUUCAGGUUUAAUGUCGACCAGGGGCUGCAGGGGAUUGGGCUGAAUGAGUGUGAGAAGAAGGGAGCGAUAGAUUCGGCAACAGAGGAGUUCCUCAGACAUCUGACACAGAAGUUCCGGGUGCGAGAUUGUAUUCAGAACAUGGGACUCAAAGAGAACAAGACUGGACUGGAAUUUGCCACUGUGAUAGAGGAAUAUACCAGUAGACAGCAGGCAGAUCUGAAGAUCGGAAACGAUCCGAGCCCCUUGCCCUAUGCCUCCAGGGCCGCCUGGAACUCACUCGAUAGAGAAUUUUGUCUUCCCGGUACAAGAGUCGAAGUUCAGAACAGGAUCAGGGUAUGGCUGGAUAGCGAUGACCAGAAGCAUAUCUUUUGGUUAGCAGGUUGGCCUGGCACAGGCAAAUCAACCAUUGCCUCGACAAUUGCUCGGGACGUGGAUGGAUUCGAUGAUCAGCAUUGGAUGGCCUCCUUUUUCUUCUCCCGAGGAGAUCAGGAGACUAGCCAUGGCGAAAGAUUCUUCAGCACAAUUGCUUACCAACUGCGCUCCAAACAAUCGAAAUUUCAAACCGUUUUGGAAAAGGUCAUAUCCGAACACAAGCAGAAUUCCCAGCGCAUAUCACUGACUGACCAAUGGGAAAAUCUCAUUGCUACGCCGAUCUCUCGGCUUGCCCGUUCAUCUCUACCGACUCGACUCGUCAUUGUGGUAGAUGCGUUGGAUGAGUGUGAGAAUGACAAGGACAUCGGACAGAUCUUGCAGCUUCUGGCAAAUCCUGGGAGUGCUUUCAGGCACAUUCAGCUCCGGGUCCUCAUUACAAGCAGACCAGAGUCUCGGAUCCGCAACCUUGCUCGCUGUCUGUUCGAACCGGAUCUUGUUCUUCAGAGAGUCGACGGAGCCACAGUAGACCGCGAUAUUACACUUUUCCUUCAACACAAUCUAUCGAGGGAAAUCGUGACCGAUGGUGAUAUUAAAGCACUCGUCCGCCGAUCUGCCCGGAUCUUUGUCUGGGCAGCGAGCGCCUGUCAACAAAUAAAGUCUGUGAACGGCAACUAUGCCACCCGCCGACUCCGCGUCAUCCUCGAGAAUACUGAUGUUUCCUCCUUGCCGGUGAAACAUCUCGGGGAGAUUUACCGGGCAGUUUUGGAGAAAUCUCUUCCACCCGAAUGUUUGGAAACGGAAAAAGAACUGCUCCAGAGGCUCCUGAGAACCAUAGCGGUUCUUCUGUCCCCUCUCUCAGAACGUGGUCUCGGUGGUCUGCUCGAGAUACCGAAGGGAGAUGUUCACGAAGCGCUUGACCACUGUCAUUCAGUCUUGGAUAUCCCACCGGGUCAGGACACUCCACUAAAGAUACACCAUCCCUCAUUUCGCUACUUCCUUCUUGAUGACAAGAGAUGUCUCGAUCCAAACUUCUGGGUCUGUGAAAAAGAAGCGCACAGGGCAGUGUUUGAAUGCUGUGUAAAUGUCAUGUGCAAAAACCUUAAGCAAGACAUUGGCAAGAAGGAAGCACCUGGUACCACUGUGUCUGAAGUGUCAGUUGAUGAAUUUCUUUUGCCAGAGGUCCAAUAUGCCUGUCGCUAUUGGAUCAAGCACCUACGGAGAGCAGUAUUUGAGCGCGGUGACCUAGAGCGCCUUCGCAUUGUUCUAGACAAGCAUUUCCUGCAUUGGAUCGAGGCUCUUUCUUGGAUGGGGAAGAUUUCGGAAGCAAUUUCAUCCAUCUUGGCCUUGGGAGUCAUCCUUCGGGAGAAUAGCCAUGACGAAGACAUGGCACUGGCACUCUUGAAGCGAGUCGAUGAUGCUUCUCGAUUCAUCCGAUACCAUAGAGUGGCAAUCGAGACGAGCCCCCUUCAACUAUACAGUUCUUCGCUUAUCUUCAGCCCAAGCAGUAGUCUGACCAGGCUCUGCUACAAGAGAGAUCGACCAAACUAUGUUCUGAACGAACAGAUGAUAGAAAGUGACUGGAGUCUAUGCCUACACACACUCGAGGGACAUGGGAGUCCGGUCUCGUCCAUUGCCUGGUCACCGGGAAGUAGAGUGACUAGAGUCGCAUCGGCGUCAAACGAUGGGACGGUCAGAAUAUGGGAUCCGGUGACGGGAGAGUGUAUAUUAAUUAUCAAGGGACAUGAUGAUUCGGUCACAUCGGUUUCCUGGUCGCAGGAUGGACGUCAACUCGCAUCAGCGUCAAAUAAUGGCACUGUCAAGAUCUGGGACCCCGUGACGGGACAGUGUAUAUUAACGCUUAAGGGAGAUAGUGAUCGAGUCACGUCAAUUACCUGGUCCCCGGAUAGCGGUCGACUUCUAUUAGUGUUAUCUCAUAACACUAUUAGAAUCUGGGACCUAGCGACCCAACAGAAGCUAUCAACGGUCGACAAGAAUCGUAAUUCGGUCCGUUGCAUUGCCUGGUCGCAGGACGGAAGCCGAUUUGCAUCAUCGUCAUACGAUAACACAACCAAGGUCUGGGACCCGAUGACUGGACGGUGCAUUUUAACACUCGAGGGACAUGGUGAUGCAGUCACUGCUAUUGCCUGGUCGCCGGAUGGAAGGCAACUCGCAUCACUGUCAGAUCAUAAAACAAUUAUGGUCUGGGAUCUGGCGACUAGGGAAUGCAUAUCAACCCUCGGGGAACAACAUGCCUCGGUCACGUCCAUUGUCUGGUCACAGGAUGCAAGUCGACUCGCAUCAGCGUCAGAGGAUCAAAUCAUCAGGGUCUGGAACCCAAAGACGCGAGAGUGUAUAUCAGAGCUCAAGGGGCAUCGUGGUCGAGUAACGUCGAUUACUUGGUCGAAGAAUGGAAGGCAACUUGCAUCAUCGUCAGUCGAUAACACAGUCAGGGUCUGGGACCUAACGGCCAGACAGUGUAUAUCAACAAUAGCUGAGGGACAUGAUGGUUCGGUGACUUCAAUUGCGUGGUGGCGGGAUGGAAGUCGACUCGCAUCGGCGUCAAUGGAUGGCACCGUCAAGAUCUGGGACCGGACGACUGGAAAAUGCAUAUCAGCGCCCCCGGGAAGCCGCGGGACGCUCGAGAGACACAGCGGUUCGGUGAGAUCAAUUGUUUGGUCGCAGGAUGGAAGUCGACUCGCAUCAACAUCAGCGGAUCGGAGAAUCGGAAUCUGGGAUACGAGGACUGGACAGUGCAUACUACAGCUCCAGGGACAUCGUCAUCGCGUCACGUCGAUUGCCUGGUCGAAGGAUGGAAAUCGACUCGAGUCAGCGUCAAACGGUGGCACAGUUAAGAUCUGGGACCUGACGACUGGAAAGUGCACGAACAAGCUUGGUGAGGACAAUUUUGACCUCCUACAUACCACCGUUAGCUCAUCCAAUCUAGAACCCAGCGAUUUCGUUGCGACCUCUCUCAACCCUUCCAUCCCUCUUCCAGAGGCAGAGAACGGCCAAUCAGACAAGGGUUCUUCCUGGAUAACAGAUGGAGGGCAAAAUUUUCUGUGGCUUCCCCCGGAAUACCGGCCGUCUUGUUCAUGGGUUAUGUUUGAAACGACCAUAGCUAUCGGCUGUGCUUCAGGACGUGUCUUGCUCUUGGAGAUUCCCAAAAAUCCCCAUAGCGCAUUGAGGUCUUGA